AUGUCAGAUUCUCAACGGGGUGCGCCUUCGUCCAGAAAAGCUUUAGUGUCUGGUGCUCUGGCAGGAGUAUCAGUAGAUCUCAUGUUCUUCCCCCUCGAUACUAUAAAAACCCGCAUACAAUCCUCUGCGGGAUUUUGGAAGUCGGGUGGGUUGGUAGGGGUUUAUAGAGGUGUUGGAAGUGUUGGUCUGGGUUCUGCACCGGGAGCCGCGGCAUUUUUUCUCACUUACGAGACUCUAAAACCUCGUUUACCGACUUUAAUCGGUACGUUAGAAAAGAAUGGGGGGUUGAACCAUAUGGUUUCUGCGUCCGGAGCAGAAUUUGUCUCAUGUCUCAUUCGUGUGCCUACGGAAAUCGUCAAAUCUCGUACCCAAACAGGAGCUUACGGGUCCGGAAAGGGAAAAGGAACGUGGAAUUCUGCAUUGAAGACUUGGCAAUAUGAAGGUCUUCGAGGGUUUUACAGAGGGUUCGGGAUCACUAUUGCCAGAGAGAUACCCUUCACGUCCAUUCAGUUCCCCCUCUACGAGGCUCUCAAGAGCCAGUUGUCAAAACGGUAUCUAGACGGUAGAAGACCAAGCUCGGGGGAAGCAGCUGGGUGUGGGAUGAUAGCGGGAGGUGUGGCGGCGGCUAGUACCACACCGUUAGAUGUUGUCAAAACGAGGGUCAUGUUGGAGGCUAGGACUUCGACAUCCCCUUUAUCAUCCACUAUUCCAUCUCAUACCCCCUCCCCAUCCAUACUCUCCUUCCCUCCCCGUCUCCUGGCUAUAUUACGGACAGAAGGUCCAGCUGCGUUGUUCAGAGGCUGGGUACCGAGGACAGUGGCGAUAUCAUGUGGCGGAGCUGUCUUUUUGGGUAUAUAUGAUUUCUGUGUGAGUCUUGAUUUAGGCUAG